AUUUAUCUCUUUCUUCCACAAUUUAGCUGAAUUCUUUUGUUCUUGUUUUCAUGCGUUCGAUGGACUUGUCUUGUGGGUGGUGAGUAUUUAGUCUAGUUGAACUGGAUUUAGGUUACUGUUUAGGAGAUGCUUUAUUGUGUUGUAUGAGCUUGGAAGCGUCAAUAGAGGGUGGGAAAAGAUAAAAGAACGAGGAUUUGUGGUGAUGGUUAGAGAAAUGCACGUAUAUGGGAAAAUGCCGAGUUGUCUCCGUUGAGUUUUUACUGACCCUCGGUUUCGUCUUGCCCCAUGAUGUCUUGGAUUAUUAGGUUAGAUUUUGUUUGAUAGAUUUCAACAUUUUUUUUAUUGAAGUUGAUGAUAGUGGAUGUAAAGGAAAAGUACUCGUCUGUUGAAGAGAAGUGGACAUGAUAUGUAUUUGGCUUUGGUCUCGUUGGACUAGAUCAUGUGAACGCUCUCGUUUCAUUUCUUAGUUGCCAUAGGAAAAUGUUUAGAUCAUUUCUAUGGGAACUUGGAAGAGUUGAAAAAGGGUGGUUGUAUUUUUUAACUUGAUUGAAGGAAAUGUGGAUGUUCCGGGCCUUUGCAGAGGACUUUACGUCAAUUCAAGGUGGAUAGACUUUUGAAAUGGGUUGAAGGAAACCCGAAUGUUUCAGCCUUUCAGACAUCUGUGAAGGACAAAUGGGUACUAAGGCACACAAUCUUAUUGAUUUAAAUUCCUUGUGGAUGUAGUUUGAGGAGUUGAUGAGACCUUUAUUACGGGGGAUGAGGUGGAAUGGGAAUUUUUAUGUGUUUUAUUUGGUGUAGAGGACUGUCGGGACUACUUGGCAUUCAUUUUAGUUCAUUCCAUGGUGUUUUAGCAAAGAAUAGUAGCCUUAUUGCUAGAAGAAGGCGAUACCACAUGAAAGUUGCUGUAUUGUGUUGUCAGUGGUGUUCAUGAAUGAUCUUAUUGUCAGCGACUCAACAUCCAAAUUUCUCUAGAACUAUUCUCACAAUAAGAGCACUUGCCAUUCAGUUAUAACAAUAAGAGCAUUCUGUAAUGUCUGAGAACAUAGGUGAAGUAGGAGAAUUGGAUCAUUAUCAAGUUUGGCCUUUGUAAAUGUCCUUUCAACUUCCAAGUCAUCCUCAGUGUUGUAUGACAAUGGGGUCUUGUUCUUGUUGACAUCAGCAAGCGGCUUACAAGUUGGGCUUGACCAAGGGAACCAAGCAAUUUUAUGCAAAUAAAUUUAUAAUAUUUUUCUUCCCAUUUGGUGGACUUUGAGGGCAUGAUCAUUUGAUAAGUCGCAUGAACCAUGACAAAAUGAAGGGUGUUAGAGACUGGUUGUUUUCUCAGUUAGUAUCCAAGUCAGUGGUUUCAUCAAGACCAUUACUGGGGAGUGACAGUUUCUUUGGCGAGGAAAAUAAAGAGCAUAUGGAUGAAGACCAAGAUGAUGAAGCUGCACAAGCAACCGAUAUAGUAGCACCCAUUCCCCCUCAUACAUCAGACUCUGGUGGGAAUUUGGAGAAUCAAGAUGAUUUGUCCCUGCCACAGGUUGGUGGAGAUUCAUCCCAAUCUCAACACAGCUCUAAUAACAGGGUAAAGAUGGAUGUGUUAACAAAGAUUGAGGACCUCCAAGUUCAGUUCUUUCGACUUCUAUUGAGAAUUGGGCAGACACAGAACAAUUUGCUAGUGGAAAAGGUUCUAUAUCGAAUACAUCUAGCAACUCUGAUACAGGUAGGGGAAUCUGAUCUUAAAAGAGUAAACCUUGAAAGGGGCAAAGCCAGAGCAAAAGCAGCUGAACAAGAAGCAGCUGGGAUACCAGAAUCAAACUUCACAUUUAGAAUACUUGUACUGGGAAAAACAGGAGUUGGUAAGAGUGCUACAAUAAACUCCCUCUUUGAUCAAACAAAAACUGCAACUGAUGCAUUUCAACCUGCAACUGAUCAUAUUCAGGAGAUUAUGGGAACGAUUAACGGGAUUAAAGUAUCCAUCAUUGAUACCCCUGGUCUUUCACAAUCGUCCUCAGGAAAUAUGAAGAGAAAUAAAAAAAUAAUGUUUUCUGUGAAGAGAUAUAUAAGGAAAUCCCCACCAGAUAUUGUUUUGUACUUUGAUCGCCUUGACCUCAUAAAUAAGAAUCAUGGUGACUACCUUUUGAUGAAGCUAAUAAAUGAGGUCUUUGGUUCUGCAAUUUGGUUCAACACCAUCCUAGUCUUGACUCAUUGUUCCUCAGCUCUUCCGGAAGGACCUGAUGGAUAUCCUGUCUCCUUCGAAUCAUAUGUGGCCCAUUGCUCCGAGGUUUUGCAGCAAAAUAUACAUCAAGCAUUGUCUGACCUGAAACUUGACAAUCCCGUCCUUUUGGUUGAGAACCAUCCUCAGUGUAGGAAAAAUAUUAUGGGGGAAAAAGUUCUUCCAAACGGACAGGUCUGGAGAUCACAUUUCUUGUUGUUGUGCAUUUGUACUAAAGUUUUGGGCAGCAUUAAUUCCCUAUUGAAAUUUCAAAAUUGCAUUGAGCUAGGACCAUUAGCUAUUUCUCGGCUGCCUUCACUUCCCCACUUACUCUCAUCCUUUUUACGGUACCGAAGCGUGUCAAAUCCAUCAGAUGUGGACUAUGACAUCGAAGCUAUUCUACUUGACGACAAUGAAGAAGAUGAGUAUGACGAUCUACCUUCUAUUCGUAUUCUGACAAAAUCUCAAUUCGAGAAAUUGUCAAACUCACAGAAAAGGGAAUACCUGGAUGAGCUGGAUUACAGGGAAACUCUAUAUUUAAAGAAACAGUUAAGAGAAGAGUAUCAAAAGAGGAAGGAGAUCAAGCUUUUAAAAGAUAGAGACUUGUUACACAAUGAUAAUAAUUAUGAUUUGCAGGCAUUGCCGGAGGCAGAUGCUGUCCUUCCAGAUAUGGCCGUUCCCCCCAGUUUUGACUCAGAUUGUCCUGUUCACAGAUAUCGUUGCAUUGCAAUAGAUGAUCAGUGGAUUGUAAGACCUGUUCUUGACCCACAAGGAUGGGAUCACGAUGUAGGCUUUGACGGGAUAAAUCUGGAAACAGCAAUGGAGAUGAACAAAAAUGUUUUUACCUCAGUCACUGGACAGUUGAGCAAGGAUAAGCAUGUAUUUAACAUUCAGUCUGAGUGUGCUGCUUCUUACAUGGAUUCUAGGGGAUCUUCUUAUACUUUAGGUCUAGAUGUUCAAUCUGCUGGUACAGAUAGGAUGUACACUGUUCAUAGCAAUGCAAAGCUGGGGAGCAUUAAACACAACCUUCCUGGGGUUGGAGUUUCUCUGACAUCUUUCAAGAGAAAUUGCUAUUAUGGGGCGAAGCUCGAGGAUACCAUAUCUUUAGGUAAGAGAGUGAAGUUUGUAGUCAAUGGCGGUCGUAUAGAAGGAGCGGGACAAAUGGCAUAUGGUGGGAGUGUAGAAGCUACUUUAAAAGGUAGAGACUACCCAGUGAGGAAUGACCAUCUCAAGCUAACAAUGACAGUUCUCUCUUUCGACAAGGAAACAAUCCUGGGUGGGAACGUAGAGUCUGAGUUUCGGCUUAGUCGAAGCAUGAGACUGUCAGUUAAUGCCAACUUAAAUACCCGUAAAAUGGGUCAGAUCUGCAUAAAAGCAAGUAGCUGUGAGCAUUUGCAGAUUGCUCUGGUUUCUGCUUUUACAAUCUUGAGAGCCCUUCUGCGUAGAAAGGAAAUCGAAACAUUGUAGGUUUCAGAUGAAUCUAUGGCAAAUUCUGAACUCAGCUGAGACUACUCUGCAAUCUAGACCAAGAGACCCAAAAAUGAGAUGUUUUAAAAGACCGCACAUAAUUAAUCUUCCUUGUGUCGGUACUCUAUUUGCUUUCCCGGAGAAGUAUAUUGCUGAUUGCUAGCAGAGAAAGGUGUUCUUACUUGAUAGUUAUCAGGAAUUUUUAUUGGCGAAGUUGGCCAAGAGGUAUGUAUACUUGGGGGAAAUUUUGAGUUCAUAAAUUGUACAGCGAUAGAUCAUGUUAGCUUUUGUUCUUAUUAAACUUCUUGAAUAAAUUCCAAUUUUUGUAUUUAUUGAACAUCUCUUCUCUUUAAUAAUCAUAGAUUUUGUUAGUCAA